AUGGUCAGACAGCUGAAGAAAAAUUUUGUCAAAAAUUCGUUUUCCAUCGUCAUCCCCUCCACCCUGUUCGAGGAUCAAAGAUGGUUCUGGAUAGAUCGUCCAGCCGGUUCUCGAGGCUGUUGUACGCUCUUGAACGCCGCUUCGGCUGUGAUAAAAGGGAGCAACGAUUAUCAGCACUAUCAGCAACAGCUCCCUGGGGAUCAUUUAUCGAAGGAUUUCUAUCGAACGGACUACAAGGGUGGCUUUUUAGGUUCCUAUUCCCGUUUCAAACCGAUAACAGAUUGCAUGUUCAUUACGUCAGAACCGGGCGAUUUCAUCUACACUUCGAAAACCGAUGACGAGGUGGUUUGCGGCGUCCAUUUCCUGGCCGGACCCGACCAAAAAGUUGAGAUCAAUUUCCAAAGCUUUGACAUACCGUGCGAGCACCGUGGACUUAUUUCAGUGGUGGACGGCUGGGAGCUGAACGGCGAGGUGUUCCCCAGCGAAAUGGAUCAUCGAUUGCCCCUGCAGCAGAGGAACGCCGAGUUCUGCGGUAAAAAUAUCGGCGAGAAGAGAACGUUCGUUAGUUCCCAAAAUGUCGCGGUCAUCAGAUACAGGAUCCCCAAGCCUGGAAAGGGUUUCACUGUUGUGGCCACGUUCGUGAAGAAUCCCAGACCUUGCAAUGUUCUGGCAGUAAGUUCAACCGAACCGUUCACCCUGCGUAAUUAUGGGAGACGCAUAAAUUGCACCUACGUAGCAUUGUAUCCGGGAACCGUGCAAGUGAUUGCCCUAGGCGUCGGUGUUACCAAUUUACUUGGCUCCAGCCGCACGAUUGAGACCGGAACCCUACGGAAAUGCGACCAGAGAAACCCACGCGAUCAAGUAGUAAUUGGAGGCAGUUACGGUCUGGACACGUCGAAAGUUCAGGUGGUGGACUCGAUUUGCGGAAUGGACUCGAAACCGGACUACCGUGAGGCGGUGGAGUACGGUGUCACCUCUGUUCGGUUAAUAUCGAGUGGUAUCUUCGAAAACUCGGUGACUGUGAAUAUCCAGCCACUCACAGACGAGUUUCUGGACGCGAAUGUUAACUUCUAA